AUGUCAUCAUCCGAGAGUAGACUGUCCGAUACCGAUGACCCUAUGGCUGUAGUUUCUAAAGAUGAGAUCGUCCCUGAGCCAGAGAUCUUUACUUCUGACACAGAGAGUGACCCGGAGAUGAUGUCCGAUGAUGACGACGACUUUCAGCCCUUUGCGCUGCCCGAUUUCGGAGAUGAUUUACCGAUUGCUGAUGGUAUCCCAGACGAGGAUUCGUUUGUUAUUCCUAUUCCUGUGCACGAUCAUCUUAUCAUCGGUCAUCCCGAUGGUGAGCAUGUCGUGACACUGAUCCUCGCUCCUGUUCCUCUUACGGUCAUUCCUCCUGAGGAUUGGCCUUUUGACGAUCUUUUUGACGAUGAUUUUGAUCUGUUUGUUGAUGGUCCUCUCGAUGACGCUCAUGGUGACGGAGAGCUUGAUGAGGACGUUGUUGCUAUUCCACUUUUGGGGACUCCCGUUAUCGAGAAUUCUUCUGACUCUAGUUUACACUCCGUCUCAGAUUCCUUUGAGUCUGUGUCAUCUUCCGCUUUACAGGCAGUUGGACUGCGACGUUACGCCACAGAUUCUAACGAUGAUACAGCUAUGUCAGCUGCACCGUUAACUCCACAUGACAUUGAGCCUGGACUUGAGCCUGAUUUUAUUCCUGAUGAUCAGCCUGUUGAUGCACCCGCUGAUCCUGAGCCGAUACCUGCACCUGAGCCUUUACCUGAUCAUGACCCUAUUCCAUUUGGCAUACCUGAUAUUGCACCCCUCAUAUUUGAUCCAGUUCCUGCACCCGCUGACCCUUAUGUUAUUGAGCCAGUCACUCCUCUACUUGCACCUGCACCCAUUGAUGUUGCUCCUUUUUCACCUGGUAGAGAUAUACCCGCACCCCUUCCAGGGGAAGGCACUUCUAGCCAGCAGCCUAGCCAUGACCCACAUGUAUCAGCAGCUUUCCCUCACAUGCUUCAGUCUGCACCUUCUGCUCAUUUUAGUUCUUCACCACUUGACGAUCCACUUAGAUGGUUCCCACCGUACACCAUGCCGAUUUCUGAUCCCUACCAUCCCUCACACUUUACUGGUUAUACACGAGAUGAGUUACUUCUAUCAUUGCAGCUUCAGUAUGAGAUCAUGAGUCGCAGGAUUUUAGAGCUUGAGAUGACACCGCGACCUUUGCCAUGUCCGUGUCAGCCUACUUUUGUUCCCCCUCGUUCAUCACCAUCCCCACUUUCGCAUCCUCCCGCACCACUUACUCCAUUUCCCGAGUUUGACACUCGCUUUCUUACUGUUGAGCAGCAGAUCAGUUAUCUGUUGCGUCAUGUUUAUCAGCUUGAGGAGGAGCUUGCGCAUGUGCACGGCUUGCUUUUUGUUCCUCCACCUCUGUCACACCCCAACCGAUAG